UUUCUAUUCCUACCAAAUAAUCAAUCAAUCACAAAUUUGUUAGUUUGCAAACAAUCAAUUUUGUUGCUUCGUGCGAGAUGUGUAAGCGGCGUAUUAUAAUUAAAAUUUUUACCUGAAAUGAUAUUUUUGAAAGAGCACAUUUUAAAGACUAGGAUUAACCGGACACAGAUUUCUUUAAUGAUGAUGUUUUAAUUCAAAUGUCAUUAAAAUUUUCGUGGUAUUUCUUUUGAAGAAACAAUUCUGUAAAGUAUAAAGAUGUCAUGUUUUAAACUUGGAGAAUUAAUAUUGACUUCAAGACCUUAUGUUUAUGUUUUAGAUAAUAAGUGUCGAGGUCAGAGAUGUGAUUACUGUUUUAAAAAAUACUAUUUAUCACAUGCAGGGUUUAAUCAUCAAAAAUCUGGCCAAGUAUCAUCUAAUAGAUUCAAUAAAAAUGCUGAAUUCAAGCCAAAAGUUAACAGUUUAUGACUGUUGCAUGUUAAUGCCAUGCAAGGCAUUACCAGGGAUGAUACCUUUAUUAGAAAGUCCAAUGAAUUAAAACGCUGUAGCCAAUGCUCUUUCCUUUAUUUUUGCAAUAAAAAUUGCCAGACAAAAGCUUGGGAAAUGCAUAAAGCAGAAUGCAAAUGCAUAAUGAAAGCAAAACCUAACCUACCAUCUACAUCCUUGAGGUUUAUUGCCUUGAUAAUAUUUAAUAUUAAGAAGAAUGGUCAAGAUCAACCUGUUGAAGAUGUUUAUGGACGUAAAGUCUCUUUCCGAACACUUAUGUCACAUUCCGGGGAAAUUAAAAAAUGUGUAAAGCGUUCUCAGCAGAUAAUUGCUUUAGCUGGCACUCUUAAAGAUUACAUUGGAAAAGAUAAUGUACCUCCUCCAGCUGAAUUUAUUGAAAUAUUUGGGAAAAUGGCAAUUAAUUCUUUUAGCAUUGCUGACAAUGAAAUGCAGACUAUAGGCACUGGACUUUAUCUUGGGGCUUCAGUAUUUGACCAUUCUUGUAGUCCAAAUGCUGAUGUUGUGUUCGAUGGUAUAAAUGUGCAUAUUCAUGCAAUAAAACACAUUCCUCACAGAGAUAUCAGUAAAGUUUAUAUUUCAUACAUUGAGCAACUUGAUUUGACUGAAAAACGACGGAAUGCUUUAUUGGAACAAUAUUAUUUUUAUUGUCAUUGUGAAAAAUGCUCAACAUCAAACAAUGAUGACUUAAUGACAAAAUUGUUAAUACCUGAAGAAAAAGCUAAAAUCCAUUUAAUUAAAUUCCAGGCUAAACUUAAAGAGAUUGAACGAAUGAAAAAGUCUAAAGCUGGCCCAUCAACUUUGUACUCAGCCUGCAUGGAUGAACUUGCUUCUCAAGAUAAAAUUUUAGCAGAUACCCAUAUUUUUAGAGUGAAAAUUCUAGAAAUUGCCUUUGAUGCAUGUGUAUGGAUCAACCAAUGGGCUGAUGCUGUUGCAGUAGGAGAGCAACUACUUAAUCCUUACAGGUUAUACUAUGGAAAUUAUCAUCCAUUGUUAGGUAUUCAUUUGUUUAAAUUAGGCAAGAUUCAAGUUUUUCUUAAUCUUCCUUCAUCAUUUGAAACUUUACAACAGGCAGAAAAUAUAAUAAAAGUAACACAUGGAGAAACUCAUCCUUUAUAUCAAGAUCUACGGAAUUUACUUCAAGAAUCAGAAAAAUACUCAUCUUUAUCCUCACUAAAUACUGAAGAAUAGAUUUAAUUUUAUGUAAUCAAUAGUGAUAUUUUUGCCCGUCAAAUCCAAAUCUAAUUUAAUUAUAAAAUCUGAAACCAAGUUUACCACAUCUUUGAGAAUACAGCUACAAUAUUUAAGAAUUUUAAACAGCAUGAUCAUGCUAUUUAUAAGGCAGUUAAGAUAAAAAAUUUUUAACCUGUUUUCAAGAAAAUUCCAUCUUGUUACACAUACUAAACUAUUUUUCUUUCGAUAUAUAUGUACACAAACACAAGGUGUCCCUUGAACCAAAUUUUACCCAAAGCCGAGGACCAAAUUUUAAGGGUGUAUAAAGUAGUAAAUGUGUAAUGAGGAAAUAACAAGAAAUGGUGACAAACAUGCUUAAAAUGCAUAUUUACUUUCUUAGAGAGUAUAAAAUCGCUAUCAUAAAAAUAUUAUUUUCUUACAGCAAAAAGUCGUUUGUCUGGAAAACAAUUUUAUUGAAUUUUUAUGGCAUUACAGAAACCAGUCUGAUAACUGUUCAAUAUUUUUCUUCCCAAAAACUCAUCUUUUAAGUUAUGCCACUAAACUUGUAUAUUGUCUGCUCUAAAAAUAUUGUGUAAAUAAAGAGUUUUUAUUUUAUA